AUAAGAAGACGAGGAGGCGUGGUGCAUGAAUAAAAAGGCAUGUCAAACUAGCAAGCACAGCUCAAAGUCCCUUCAUAGAGACUCAAGAAAAUACUAACUACAGCCGUUUCUGGUUUGUACAGAAGAAGCUGGUUGUCCUCUGACAGCAAGAAGUCUGAAGAAGCUAUCAUUGAAAAAGACAUCAUGAAGACUCUUCCAGUCAUUCUGCUUCUAGCACUGGUUGCUGUGGUAGCCCUUGCAUAUGACUCAUAUGAGAGCCACGAGUCACUUGAAGUAUACGAUCCCUUCCUGAAUUCAAGAAAAGCCAACUCAUUUAUGAAUUCCCAGGCCAAAAACCAGCGUAUGAACGAGAGAAUCCGCGAGCGCAACAAGAGCCCCCGAGAGCGCCAACGAGAAGCUUGUGAAGACUAUGAUCCUUGUGAAAGAUAUGCUUUACGUUACGGGUUCUCUGCUGCCUACAAGCGUUACUUUGGACAGCGUCGCGGAGAGAAGAAAUAGAAAAGAAUCAUAAUGGAAAACAAGGUUUAUGUAGAAGGAAGGAUUAAGGCAUCUUAGUGGGGCACUUCUGCGUUCUGUCCUAGCUCUGCCAAACCAAAGAAUAUAUAUGUCUCUAUGUUGCAGUCACUCCCUGGCAUUACUAUGUGUACAAUUACGUUGCAUUCAGUGACAUAUUGAGUGUGUCCAUGCUAAAUUCUCUUACUUUUAGAAAAUGUCAUGAUUUAAAAAUAAAAUGCUGCUUUUAUAAAUAUU